AAACGGUGAAGAUGUGCAGAACUGCAGCCACGAGGAGGCCAUGGAAGUCUUUCAAAACGCGCCCGAUCCAAUUGUGGUGGAGGUAAUGCGCCGACCUCAAGCAUCCGAUCCCACCUCCUCCAACUCCGCCAAAACCUCAACUGUCUUUCCAACACCUCAAGUUGGUGGAGGUGGAGGACUUCUGCAAUGCGGAAGUUCGGCCGAAUCCCAAAUCAGUAGCUUCCAGAGUGCGACUAAAAGAACAAUUGCCGUCCAAACUGUUCUUAGCGCCGGUGAAAUGGCGGCUUCAUUGGCUCUCGCGGCAGCUUCUUUAGCUCAACAAGAGGCCAGACUAGCUCUUCUGGGGGAAAAUGGCCCGUAUUGCACGUAA